UUGUGAAUAAUAUACGCCCAACAAUCUCAACUCGACUCUUUACUUGUCUUAACAUCACACUUGGUCACUGUUAAUUCAACAGUUCCAUUUGUGAUUCAACCUACUUACCAUACUUAGUGGUGUUAAAAUUUUAUCCCAACUUGUAAAGACGUAAUUCCUAGGGUAGCGUGUCACUUAAGUUGGACGUUUUGUUAAUUUUCAUGUUUAUUUGUAUAAUUACUAGUAACGGUACGCAGUUUUAAAGAAAGAAAAGUAAUCAUCGAUUUACUGAAGUAAAAUGUCUGGAGCUCUCUAUUCUGUGUUGUGAGAUGCAAAUAGGUAUGCCAACAUGGAUAUCAACAAUGACAGCGACACAGAGUCAAGGAAUUCAUCGCAAGGAAGUAGUGAUUCAGGUGCAGCAGCAAUCGCAGAUAAUCAAGUACUAACGUUUGACAACUCUUCUCAUCAGAGCAAUGAUAGUACUACAGAUGACGAAAAUGAAAAAUUUACUUCAGAGCAAGCUCCUCAGGAUUUCGAUUUAUCAUUACCAGUAUCCCAUUCUUAUUUGGGAACCAAUCUGGAAGAGUUGAGAGGCAGAACGAUCCUAGAUGAAGGAAUUUACUUAAACUUACCAUUGCUAAUAAAAGAUUCUAUGAUAUUAUUUCCUGGUCAAACGUUGCCAUUAGCAGUAUUUAACAUAAAUAUCAUUACUAUGUUAGAAAAGUGUAUUCAAGAUAAUCGUACUUUUGGUGUUCUGUGUUAUCACGAAAAUAAGAUUGAAAAUAUUGGCACAACUGCAGAGAUUUAUGAAUUUUCACAUGGUAGCAGUCCUGGAGAAGGAUUACGCAUAAAAGCAAAAGGCAGGCAACGUUUUAAGAUUCUACAGUUCAAAGAAGGAGCAAAUAGAACAUUGGCAGAUGUCAAAAUAAUGCCAGAAAUAACACUUUCCCAUCCACUUUUUGGUGGAUUAAGAUCUAUGGACCAUCUCAGCUUAAGAUCUAUUAAUGGCAAAGAACAGAAACAACAAGAUCAUUUAGAAGUAUUUGAAUCCAUGAACACUUCUUGGCCAGCAUUUGUUUAUAGGCAGUAUGAUUCACAUAGGCUCUCAUAUGCUAUUAAGCAACAGCUUCAGUUUAUUGAAAUCAGGGGCAGUUUUAUACCCAUGAAUCCAACAGACUUGUCUUUUUGGGUUGCACAAAACUUACCAUUAAGUGAUGCAGAGAGAAUCAAAUUAUUAACAUACGAUUGCGCUGUUUCAAGAUUACAAUGGGAAUUGGAUUAUUUGACAAAAGAUCGUGUACUUGUCUGCCACAAUUGUGAAAAUGUGAUAGGAAAACAUGCAGAUAUAUUUCCAAUGAGUCAAGAUGGUCCACAAAACACAUUUUGUAAUGCAGGUGGUUACACUCAUGACACUGUGACUCUUUAUCAUGCCAAAAACCUUAAAAAGCAUGAUGACAGACCCUCGCCAGAUUAUAGUUGGUUUCCCGGGUAUGCAUGGACAAUCGUAGAAUGUAAAUUUUGCUCAAUCCACAUGGGUUGGUUGUUUACUGUCAUAAAAGACAAAAAAUUAAAACCAACGUCAUUUUGGGGACUUGUGCGGAGAAAUUUAGAAUCAAAAAAACUCGGUGAUGACUUCGAUACAGAAUGUGAAAAUACUACCUUGUGAUCAGAA